AUGAAUGCCUCGGAGCCAGUAGGAAAAGUGAAACCAAAACUGCGGAGAAGGGAACAAUGGGCCAAAAAGUUGGAUUUUCUGAUGGCGUGUAUUGGAUUCUCUGUAGGACUCGGGAACGUCUGGAGAUUCCCCUUUCUCUGUUACAAAAAUGGAGGCGGCGCUUUCUUGGUUCCAUACUUCAUCGCUGUCUUCCUUGGAGGUAUCCCGAUGUUUUUUCUAGAAGUGGCCAUCGGUCAGUUCAUGAGUGAAGGAGGCAUCGGGCCAUGGAAGAUAGCGCCACUUUUCAAAGGUAUAGGCUACGCCUCUGCAGUCAUAGUCUUUCUUCUCAACUGUGAAUAUAUCAUUAUACUCACCUGGGCCUUCUACUACCUAUUUGCUUCUUUCACGUCCACACUACCCUGGUCCCACUGUGAGAAUGACUGGAACACGCCAAACUGCACCACCUCCAAUUAUGCGAGUAUUGUCUCUUCUUUGGGCCUAAACGUCAGCGGCGGGAGCGCCCCGAGCCUUCAUCUGUUCUCAAACACGACGUGGCCACAACAACGUGCAUUACAAAACGAAGCUAGUAACAUUAACGCCAGCUUGCUCAGGCAUCUUGUUUCUGAUCCAGUCACAGAGUUCUGGGAACGCAAAGUUCUGGCCCUGUCACCUGGAAUAGAUCACCCCGGACCAAUCAAAUGGGACCUGGCACUUUGUCUUCUGCUUGCUUGGAUCGUGGUCUAUGUUUGUAUUUGUAAAGGGAUCAAGUCAUCUGGAAGGAUUAUGUAUGUGACUGCUACCAGCCCUUACAUCUUUAUGUUCAUACUACUAGUCAGAGGCGUCACUUUAGAAGGGUCUUCCAACGGUUUAGAUUUUUACCUCAACCCCAAAUGGGAGAGGUUGAAAGAUGCCCAGGUUUGGGUGGAUGCUGGAACUCAGAUUUUCUUCUCUUAUUCCAUCGCAUUAGGAGCUCUGACAGCUUUAGGCAGCUACAACAAGUUUCACCACAACUGUCUAAGAGACAGUCUUCUGUUUGCUUUAAUCAACACCUUCACCAGUCUUCUUGCUGGCUUUGUCAUUUUCUCUAUCCUUGGCUUCAUGGCUCACAGACAAGGUGUCUCUGUUGAAGAUGUGGCUGAAUCAGGGCCAGGUCUUGCUUUUAUUGCAUAUCCUGAGGCUGUUUCCCAGAUGCCCAUUGCACCUUUGUGGUCAGCGCUCUUCUUCAUUAUGUUGUUAUUACUUGGACUUGAUAGUCAGUUUGUUGGUGUUGAAGGAUUUAUAACAGCCUGUGUUGAUCUCUAUCCCAACAUCCUCAGACGUGGUUAUCGCAAAGAGUAUUUCACAGGGGCUGUCUGUGUUGUCUGCUUCUUGAUAGGACUGUCCAUGGUCACAGAGGGUGGUAUGUAUUUAUUCCAACUGUUUGAUUACUAUUCUGCUAGUAGGAUAGUAAUGGUAGUAGCUGUUACAGAAAGUCUUGUUGUUGCUUAUGUCUAUGGAAUAAACAGAUUCAGUGAUAAUCUUGUCAUUAUGUUUGGAUUCCAAAGCAAGACUUUUAUUGUUAUUUUUCGAUGGGCCUUAAAGAUCUUUUGGUGCUUUUUAAGUCCCUUUUUUACAUUGUCAGUAUUUAUUCUUGGAUGUGUUCGUUACUCUGAAGUCAGUUAUAAGAGAAAGUUCAUGACUUACGAGUACCCACCUUGGGCUAUUGGCAUAGGAUGGCUUCUUGCCCUGAUCAGUGUUGUUCUGAUACCUGUCUUCAUGAUUCAGGGACUGAUCAUAACUCCAGGAACACUAAAAGAGCGUUGGAGAAUUUUGACAACACCACAUUUGAAAAAGCACCAGCUGAGGCCAAAUGAAGACAUGUCUAAAGUUAUCCUUUGUCCUGAUGAGGAUGAUAAACCAAAGAAUAUUGAAGAAGAAAAGCAUAAACUGAAUGAUCAAUUAAUGUCCACGUCACUAAUAGAUGAAACAAAUAAUGAAAUCAAUGGACAUCUAUGACCAAAAACUAAUUUUAUUGCGUGCAUGAAGUUGACAGUGGUGCUGAACCUUUGAUUGUAAUAUUUUUAUUGUUGUAGUUGGUAGAUAACAUUAUUUUACACAAAUAUUAUUUAUUCAGUUUGUUAACUUUGACACAGAUAUCAAAAUAUGUGUAGAAGAUUAUUGUAUUAUUAUCUUAUCUUAUCUUAUAUAAUACAGACGUUACUUCAAAAAAGAAGAUGAUUACGUCCUACGCGUCAUGCAUUUAGUCAUGCAUAUUAACCAAUGACUUAAAUUUAAAUUAUUGGCAGCUUGGACUGCCUUAAAGAUAUAGAGAGUUAAAUUAAGCUCACCUCUUACAGAAAUGUUCAAAAAUUUACAGUCUAAAAUAAGAAUUAAAAGAAAUGUUGUUUAUCCAUGCUCAUUUUGAGAAUGAGGAUACUAAAAUUAAAAAAAAAGUGUGUUUUCAAAGUAAACAUUUCCCUUUUUAACAAUGGCAAAUUAAAUACAACAAUUAAAAAAAUGUCAGCUUUUUAAAAUAAUAGUGAAUCAACAUUCCACUAAAUCAUGUUGGCCACUUACAAGUAGUCUAAGCUUUAAUUACUUUCAUAGAAGUGUUAUCUGAUCAAUUUAUGAAAGCCAUAAUCUGAUACUGUUUGUCAUUUGUUCUUUAAAAAAAAAGUACUAAAAUAGUCUUAUUAGUAUGUACAUUUUAUAGUUAGUAAUGGUGCUAACAAAGAAACAUGAUCUAUAUUUCUGUACUAGUCUCAGACCAUGCCAUGCAUUUACCUGGUUGUUUUAAACUAUAAACCUCAUAGAAUAUAAUCAAUGUGUAUAUAUAUAUUGUAGAAACAAAAAAAAAAUAUGAUAAUGUUGAAAGAAAACCAGAACAAUGAAAGUUGUCUGGAAGCAUAUCAACUAUUCUAUUUGUUUUAAUUUACUUUGUCAGAUAUUGUGUUUUUUUAGUUUAUAUUUCUCUUCCCCAAACCUUUUAGCUUAAUUUAAAUUUAUUGAUUAUGACAAUUUUAUAUUAGAAGCUUUAAUUAUUUAUUUAUUAUUUUUCUCCAACAUAUCAGUUGACCAGUAUUGUAUUGCUAAGACAUAAAUAUUGAACACAUUGUCCAGUUAAUAGAUGUCUACAUAUCAGACCUCUAGUGGUAUAUUCUACAUAUCACGUGCUUGUUCAUAUGGACUGUUAUGACAAUGGUCCCAAGUUUGAGCCAUACAUGCCUUUAUCCCCUGCUGUCCUGUAGGAGGUUUAGGGGUAGGAAGUAAGCUCCUCAUUUCUGUAGGAAAGUAUAAAGCAUAUGAAAAGAAACAAAACAAACCUUUAGUCCUGUACUCUGAAGAUCUACGUAUCAGACCACUAUUCCUAUGCACUUAUGGCUGGAAUAGUGAAGGGAUAAAAAAAAACGUGUCAAACAGUACUCAUGAUAUUUAACUUUUUUAGCUUCCCAAUCUUAGUUUUAAUGUUAUCUUGUUCAAGGCUUUAGUUGGAUUAGCUUUAGUCAAUCUCUUAAUGGACAAGCUCAUUCGGAAGGAAUAUUGAAUCCUUUACACACACAUCGUGUAUUAUAUUUCUAUUUGUUUAACUGUGGUCUCAAUCUACUCAAAGCUCAGGUCUCGCUGUUCGAGUUUAUGCGCAUUGGUUGUGAAAGUAUCGAAAGGGGUGCAGCACUCUGUAAAUGAUCCGCUCUUACAAGUCUAAGGCCUAUAUUCCAAUUUAGAGCUUAGCGCAUAUCAUGUUUUAUUGGAAAUUCAGGGCGAAUUUAAAAAUAAGCAACAAAAGCUAUAGUUUAGGGCCUCCAAGAAAUAUUUAGAACUGACUGAUAAUUACCGGACUUAUAUUGAGUCCCAUAUCUAAAAUAGCCUUAGGCCCUUUUUAGCAUUAAUACGGCAUAACAUUGUAGCUUUCGGCAUAGGAAUGUAGAGAUUGAACAAAUAUGCAUAUAUUGUGAAACGUUAUUUUUACUUAUCGGACAUUUUGUCUUUACAUGAAAUCAUUUAAUAAAAAAAAUAUUUACACAGUUGAAUUACGGAAUAUCUAUGUAUAUUUCUCUUUAUUCUCCUUACAAAACCUAUAUCAUCUCACUCUGUCUGUCUGGUAAAACGUGUGUACAUGCUAUUUCUCCCACAACCAAUCUCGAGUCAAGCUGAAAUUUUGCACAAAUAUUUUUAUUACCUGACAAAACAAGAUUUUUUUUUUAAAGUUGAAUUUGUCCCCUUUAUACUUUGUAGAGAGAAAAGUUUGAAACUAUCAAUAGAUAACAAUAAAACCUUCUAUUUUUAUGAGCACUUCCCCUGGCACAGUUAUCUCGGCAUCUACUAGCACGAGGAGGCUUUAGCCCUCUAGUAGAGUUCAAGACGUUCACCUUUUUUUAUGUUGUAUAAAUAGGCCUCUAUUUAAAAAGCGAUCAGCCAAUGUCUUCCACUCCUAUCCAACUGGUUCAGAGACAAGUGAAAGGAUCAUAGCUAAUGGAGAAAGUUAAACGCAUUGCACUAAACAAAAACAAUUGGUACAAAUAUGUGUAAUCGCACAAUUACAAAUUUAAUUACAUGACUGAUCCAAACUAAUUUAUACAACUACGCUUAAUAUUAGCUUUGUUUUUUGUUUUUUUUAAGUAUUAUAUAUGUUUCUCUUGUUUUCUGCAUUAAAUUUAAAGCGUUUAUUUCUUUCAA